AUGUCGAUGAAAAAGUUCUCCGAGGCGGCCAGCCUCAUGGCUCAAGAGGUGGUUCUUAUUUCGAAGAAAACUAUGUAUUUUUGAAUGUUACAGUUGUUAUCUCUGGCCGCCAGCCGAGCCAAAGGUGUGAGCCGAUUUCUUCCGAGGAUUUUCCCGACUUUUUACAAAUUGGGCGUCCGAGUCCCAUUCGCAAAAACGCCGCCGAGGAUAUUCAUCAGCGUGGUUCAUCGGAGAUUUUCAUUAAAAUGGAGAUAUUUAUCAGGUUUAGGGUAGAUUAGUGAUGCGGAAUCGAUUCUAUCGGCCUUUCACCACCCUAGCCAUGGAAAGGCAUCGAUUUAAUCAAUAUAAUUUUGUGGCCAAACGGUUUAAUCCAUUGAUUCGGAGGAGAAGGGUCGCUUUGUUCCAUAAAGACGCCUUGGAUGGGAUCAAGGUUGAGGAAAGCUUAAUUUUAGGGGUUUUCAGAGGUUUGAUAAUUCUGAUAUGUUUUUGUUUUGGUUUAAACAAAGUUAUCAGAAAGAAAAAUUUUUUUAAAUCUAUUGUUCUUCGUUUUCAGAUUCAAAGAGACUGGAAACUUAACAUUUCCUUCAACAUUUUUUUUUGAUUUUUAAAAAAGCGGAAUCUUUUUUUUCCUUUAGACACAUUUUUCCAAUGAGAAGGAGCAAUUAUGGAGUUUUUCACGUUUUUUUUUCUGGAAUUUUUUUUUGGAAUAUUCUUCUUUUUGACUGCUUUUUCUACAGAUCUGUAAAGAUCUUUUCAUUUUUUUGUUUUUUGAAAUAAAAAAUUUGACCUCAGUUUGAUUUUUUGUACCUACUAGCACGUUUUUUUUUCAGAAAGUAUUCCAAAAAAAUGCCCGUUACAACGACGAUCUGAACAGUACUGAUUUGCCGGACCAAAUCGACGCCUACGAAUUUGGUUUUCAUAGAUUUCGUAUAGUGAAAUUGAUCAUUUUCCAGGCCAAUUCCUGGGCCAAGGUUGCAACGCGGCAGUUUACGCCGCAAGAUUGGUCAAUCCAGAAGAUUCCCUCACUUUGGGACCGGGCUUCAAUGAAGUCUCUCAAGUGAUCGCUUCGGAGCCGCCGAACAACCGGUCCGAGUUCCGAAGACAGGUGAAUUUUUUUUAAAAAAAAAAGGACAUCUUGAGAAUUCAGGGUUUUUCUCUCUUUCCUUCCCUAAAAAAAGUUUUUGUUCGAAAGUUUGAUGAACUUUUAAGAUCAUAAACGCCUUCUCCGUGUUUUUUUUCUUCGAAUUUCGAUUUCACGCUUUUUCAUUGGUUUUCCUAUCCCUUUAUUUAUUAAAUUUGAAGUUUUUCUUUAAUUAUUUUUCGACUUUCUUAGUAAAUUACUUUCUGAUCUUACCUGUAAGAAGGAUUAAUUAAAAAAAAAAGGUUCCUGAAAAUUUAUCGAGCUUUUCGAAAGUAAAAGGAGUUAUUUUGAUUCUUACUAGUUAAAAAUGUUUUCAGAAACGAAAAAAUUGGAAGCAUGUUUUUUUUGGUUUGAAAAUAACUUGUUCGAUUCAAAUUUUCAGGCCUAUCCAUAUGCUGUCAAGUUGAUGUUCAAUUUUGAGCACGACCGAGUUUCCAUUGGAGAUAACCAUUUGUGGAGGUUUUUUUUCUGACUUUUCUGGAUUUAUUCCGAACUUUUUUGUCUUAAGAUCGAUGGGAACGGAGCUGGCAAUGUACCCGAAAGCCGCACAAAUGCUGAGAGGCCGGAUUUCUGAGUAAUUUUAAAGUCUUUUUUGCUUUAAAAUUUGACAAGAAUUGUCAAGAAUAUACUGUUAAAUUUUCCUCGUUUUCCUAGAAAUCUUUGUUUUCAAUGUAAAACCGAAUUUCGCGUUUUUUAUUCUAUUUUCGUCUAUCAUCGUAGAAACUGAUUACCAAUUAAUGAAACUUCCAACGAAUAUGAUUUUUUGGAAACGUAUUUUUCGCCGUUUUACUGGAAAAAUUUUUAGUGGCCACUAUAGGUUUUUGACGUUUUAGUGGUCACUAUAGUAGUCAAAUUAGUGGACACUUAGGAGGUUAAAAAUUUAUUGAUCACUAUAAGGUCUGAGUGCUACUACUAGACCACUAAAAUUUUUAGUGGCCACUUAAGGGGUCAAUGGAUCAACAUAACUGGUCCAAUCAGUUUGUUUUAAACUUAUCAGAGUUACUGGAAGGAAUACUGGAUGAAAAACUACUGAAGUGGCCACUAAAUAGGGAACCUCUAAAGUGGCCACUGAAACAGAAAAUAGUCGCCACUAUAGAGGCCGAUUUAGUGGCCACUUUAGUGUCCUCUCCAAGUAGUCCUUGGCGAGCCUCUAUAGUGGCCACUAAAAAUUUGCCCAGGUGAGCUUUUUUUUUAUCAUGACCUCACUUUUGAAUGUAUAUAGGGACAUAAAAAAAGAGAUUUAUUGAAAAAAAUCAAGAAAAAAAGUUGCUGGUAAUCUUUUUAUUUCGUAGUUUCUAACUUCAUUUGUAGUUUCAUUCGUUUUUUUCCUUCAAAAAUUAUUUUUUUACCUUCAAAGCUAUUUUUAUUCAUAAGCAUUGAAAACUAGAAACUUCUCGAUCAAAAAAUGACGCCAUUGGAUAUUUGGCUUUUUUUUCUCGUUUUUGCCUUGAAAAAUUCUUUCCAACUUCUUUUGCAUUUUUUAUUCAACUUCUCUAAUUUUUCCCUUUAAAAGUUCAUUUUCAGCUUCAAACCUCUGCCCAAAAAGCAUCCAAACGUGGUCCGGGUCCACACGGCUUUCAUAGAUUCUCUAAAAGUUAUGCCCGAUGCCAUGGAGAGGUUUCAAUUUCUUUUUUGAAGUAACAAUUUAUUACUUUAGGUACCCUGACGCCCUCCACACGGCCAGAUGGUAUGAAUCCAUUGCCAGUGAACCCAAAACGAUGUACAUCGUUAUGAGGAGGUCUGAAUUUCAUGAAUUUCGAGAAAAACAUAGGAUUAGGUGAUAAAAUAAUUCAGGACUUAGUUUUAUGGUUUUUUUUUCUUGAAGGUGAAUGAUUUCUUUGUCAUGUCAAAAGCCUACCUUAAUAAGAAGAGAGGCUAAAUACCUGAAACUAUCAAAUCUUUUUCCAGCAAAAAUCAGACUUUCAAGGCGUUUUUUUUUUCAUUUUUUGUACCUUAUUUGAAUGAAAUGUCAUGGAAGCAUAAGUAGAGGUCCUGACAUUCUUAGGAAUUCCAGAGUGUCUCCUCUAGGCGAUAGGGGGGAAACUAUCUCUUCCCCCAAAGCUUAAGUGGACCCUAUAGGGGUCUUUCUAUUUCAUCCAAAAAACGCUCAUUUAUUUAUUUUUUACUUUCCUUCUUCCUUUAGAGUUCAUCACAGUUAUCGAAUAGAAUGUCCCUUAUAGGGGUCACAAACUAAAACCACUAUAGGGACCACGUUUGCAAGCUUCAGUGGUCCCUAAAGGGGUUGGUAAAGUGGUCCCUAGAGAAGCCCUAACAAUGCCCCUAUAUGGACCACUCUGGAGUUCCUAAGGUAGUCGAGUUCAUUCCAAUAUCAUCUCACAAAAAGUUAUUUUUUCUUUUUUUGCGACAAUACUUUAGCUUUUUUGAAUUUGAUCGUUUAUUUCGCACCGUUUUCGACGUUCAUAUUGUUGGUUUGAGGUACCGACAAACGUUGAAAGACUACGUCUGGACCCAUCAACGGAAUUAUUGGGUCGGGCGGGUGAUGUUGGCUCAGUUGUUGGAGGCCUGCGCCUUCCUCCAGGACCAUUUCGUCGCCCAGCGGGACAUGAAAAGCGACAAUAUUCUUCUGCAGUACGAUGAUGAUGGUCCGGGUUUUUUUCGGAAUGAAAAAUCACUCAAGUGUUCUUGUUUUUGAUCAUAAUUUCAUUUUUUUCUUAAUUUAAAAAAACUAAAAAAAUAAUUUUUUUCAAACACGACUAGAUAUGUUUAGGGAACGGGAAAGAUCACAAAAAGAUCCAGAUUUUUUUGAGAUUCUUUAUUUUUAUUUUUUAAAAAAAAUUUGAUUUGAUUUUUUUGAAAAAAACGGAUAAUUGAAGUUAGAGCUUUAAUUAAUUUUUCAAAGCUUCAAAAUGUUCCCAUUUUCUUGAAAAAAAUUCAAUCUUUGAGCCUCGAAUCAGUUUUUUUAAGCGCCUUUUGAGAGCGUCAAAUAAUAUUUUUUGGAUUUAUUGGAGCCUUUUUUUCAUGAUUUUUUUCAAAAUUUUUAUCAAGAAAAAUUCGGCGAAUAAUAAAUUUGAAGCAACACAGAUUUUUUUCGAAUAAUUAGGAUUUUUUUGAAUUCAAAUGAUUAUGAAUUUUUUUUUUUUGAACGUUUUUCGAUUUUUCAAGUUGUAGAGUUUUGUGCAGAAGUAUGUUAAUUAACAGAUAAUUUUCGUAAAGUUCUUAAUUUUUACUCUGAGUUUUCAGAAGAAAUUCCUCACUUGGUAGUGGCUGAUUUCGGAUGCGCCUUGGCUUGUGGUUCUUGGGAGGUUUAUAUCUUCAAAAUAUUCGAAGUUUAGAAAAUUUGAGUUUUCAGGUGAAAUUUGAGCACCAGGACGACAAUAAUCUGGGCGGGAACUUGAAAACUCGGGCCCCUGAAGUGGCCACUGCGACGGCGGGACCUGGAAAGUGCGGUUUUGAGUUUGAUUCGAGAAAAAAGACGGGGAAAUAUGAGAUAGUGAAAUCAAUGACGGCUCGAAUAAUACUCGGGGUCUUUUUUUAAAUGAGAUAACUUUUUCAAUACUUUAUUAAAUUUAACAGUCUGCUCUAUACUGUACUUCCGUCUUUCAAAAUAAUUCAGUGAGACUUCGGAAUACCCCAAUAGAUUUUAAUUUAAAGGCGCAUGAUCCCCGUUUAGAAUAAAGUCUCAUCAGGAAAUCUGGCUUUUCUCCCAAGUUGUAGACGAUACUAUCAAAUAAUUAUUAAAAGAAUGUUUACAGUAAUAAAAAGUUCAAUUUUAAGGCAAUCGAAAAGACUUUGAAAAAUGAAGCAAUAGAAUUUCGCUUCAAGAUAUUUUUGACUAUAUUUUUCAUGCGCCUUCAAAUUUUUACAAAAAAAAAUUUUUCUCCGCAUUUUUUUCUACAUUGAGCAUUAAAAAAAUCUUCUUUUUUUCUCUUGUUAUUAUUAUCAUCAUUUUGAUAUUUAUGAAAUUAAUUAAUUAGAACAUUUAUGCUUUAAAGGCGCAAGACCGUCUUGUCGUAAAAUAUCUCAUCGCGAAAUAGGUCCUUUUUUUCGAGAUUAUCAGUUCUAACGUUUAAAAAAUCGAUGAAACGAUUCAGAAUGGAAAAAAUUUCAAUUCGAUUUCUGGAAAAAUUUCUAGUGCCCACUUUAGGGCUUUGACGCUUUAGUCGUCACUAUAGUAGUCAAAUGUGUGGCUAAAAUUUAUUAGCCUUCUCAGAAGUCUCAUUGGUACUACAAGACAACACAAAAACUACUAUAGUAGCUACUACGUUGCAAAACAGUGGCUCCUAUAGAGGUGGUUAUAGUGAUCACUUUAGUGUCCUUUCCAGGUUCUUUUUGAGGAGCCCCUUAAGUGGCGUUUUACCGGUUCUACGCGGAUUUCCUUAGCUCAUUUGUUUUGAUUGAAAUUGUCUGACUUCUCUGCGACGCUAUUAUUUUAACUUGCUCUUUUCGUUUUUCUAUGACCAUGUCUCUUAGGGAAAAGAGAGCGCAGACAAGGCAGGAUCUUUUUAAUUUGUGAAGAAGAAGUAAAAGCCUUCCUUCCAAGUUAUCAUAAAACUGAAAAAAGAAAUGAUAAGAUUUUUCCAGAACCGUCAAUUUCAAAAUGGCGGACACCUGGGCGGCGGGUGGCUUGGCCUACGAGAUUUUCACGAGGUUUUGAUAAUUAUCCAAAAAAAGCACCCUGUAAUUUUUUUCUAGGGUAAAUCCAUUCUAUGAGCAAAUUUCCACUGUCGAUUAUUUGGAAACCGAACUCCCUCAACUGCCCAAAAAACUGCAUCAUGUGGCAAAAGAUGUGGUUAGGGAUCUGCUCAGAAGAGAUCCAAACCAGGUAUUUUUGAGAAUUAAAAAAAACAGAUUUGAAAAUGAACCAUUCAUCGCACGCAAAAAAGGAGAGAUUUUAUUACUUUUGACUUGAAAAAUCAAGAGAAAAUAAGUGGAAAUGUACAAAAAGUUGGAAAAAAAGUCUCCUUUUUGCUUUAGAUCUUUCACAGAAAAAAAUAAUAAAAUUUUUGCUCGAGGGGAAAAUGUUUUUUUAUAGUGAUUUGUAGAAUAUAUUUUUCUUUUAGCUGUAAAAAAAAUCUGAAUUAUCAAAAAUUCAAAGAUGGUAGAGUUUACAAAUUUCCCACGAUUUUUUUAGUUGGAAAAACAGGAGGAAAUGGUUGAAAUUAUACAAAAAAAUGGGAAAACCUUUUAUUUUUGCUUCCGAUAACUACAGGAAAAAAAUAAUGAAAUUUCGUUCGAAUAGGAAUUUUUUUAAAAGGUUCCAAAAAAAAAUUUUUUUGAAUAAUGAACUUAAAGUCUCAAGAAAUUUGAACUAGAAGAGUUUUUCUUAUUCUCACGAUUUUUUUACUUGAGAAAAAUAACUUUUUAAGAGAUUUUUACUACAUCCUUAGUGGGCAAAUUUAAAGCUGAACUCCAUUUUUUUCGAAAUUCUCUUUCUGAAAAAAAUCAUUCCCAAAGAAAGUUCAUAAUAUUUUUUUGAAAGCAAAUGAGAGAUUUCAAACAUUUUGUGUGUUCCAAUACAUUAUCUUCGAGUAAAAAAUUUUUUUGGACCUAAAUUUCAUCGAAAAUUUUUGAAAAAAAUGAGUUCGGAUUGAAAUUCGUCCAAAAAAAAGCUGUCAAUAAUUCUUUUCUUUUUUUCUUGUUUAAUUUUUGAGAUUUCUGUUUCAAUUUACUCUGAAAAAUGUGUGCGAUAAGUUUAAUUAAUACGGCUUUCCUGGCGAAAUAAAUAUUUCAGAACCAAAUUUUAAAUAGUUUCUGAAUUUCUGAAAAAAGGUAUUAUUUUUCCUCAGAGAGUGACUCCUCACGUCGCUGCCAACGCCAUCAAUCUUUCCCUGUUCCGAUUCGGGAGCGAUGUCCAGAAAUUGUUAGCCGACUGCGGCUUGAACAAGUUGGCCAUGCUCCAGAACCUCGCCAAAACGAAUGGAUCCUCGGUAAUCGACAAGGUUGGUUAUUCAGAAUCUCUGAAAUAGUCUAUUUUUGGGGCUUUGACCUUUUAUUUCUCGGAAAUUGGGUAGGUUGGGACUUUCAGAAUCUUUUUUUUGUAUGUCAAGAAAUGUUCUGGCCAAAUUUGAAGAAAUUGUCAAGCGUAGACUAAAAGGACCUCCCUAGUAAGCAUUUUCAUUUCUGUAACUUCAGUGUUCACCUUUCUGUUUUAUUAUUUUCUUCUUACUGGUUACGCACUUUUUUAAACUCAAAAAAUGAAAGAAUUCCUUUUUUAAAACUGUAAGAAGAAAUUGAAGCUUGGAGUUACGGCGAACCGUGCUUUGGACAAUGUGAUGGCCCUCUUGACGGCGGAAACGAUCACCGCGACUUUGGCGCCGCAGUUGGUCAGCCGUGCUGAGAAACAGGUAAGAUUGAGAAAAACGUCAAGCAUUUAAACAACAUUUUGAUGAUAAAAAAAAACUAAAAAAUGUCCGGGUAUCUGAAAAAAUAGCUACGAAAAUGAGCUGUUUUAGCGUAGAAGAAAAUCGAAAAAUUGAAAAUAAAAAAUUUUCGACGCUCUUUUUUUGCGGGUCUCUUUUCAGAUAUACAUUUUCCCGUUUUGCCAACUUUAAAAUUUACAGUUUCGCCAUAAAAAAACGGGUUUUGAUCACAAGUUUCUUGUAUUUUUUCAAUCUUUCUGGAACUUUCUGAAGUUUUGAUGUCUGUUAUUUGUAACACCAAUACGGAACUUUUGUAUGCAGAAAAAAAGUAGCUUGGCAAAUUCUCAAAAAGAUUGAGCUUCAUACAAGGAAACUGGGAGCAAUAACGAUUUCUCGUAUCUUUACUGACGGUACUGUACAAAAAUCUUUCUUUCAAUGUUUCCAAUGAUUUAGCUCCGAGCAACGUUUCUCUCGAGAGUGACGAGAGAAGAUUUGUGGACUUCUCUCCACUAUUUCUUCAAAGAGACGGCCCUCGUCGACGCCGAUUCCUUGGCUUCGUUGGCCCCUUCGAACUCGCCUUUCUUCGGCUCCGAUGGAAGCUCUCUGGAGAAAAAUUCGAAGCCUUUGCCUAACAUAUUGCCCAACAACAAGUAUUUACCUGACUCUAAUGGAAUCGUCCACAGGGUUCGAUCCAAGUAG